AUACUGUUUUUGUUUCUAUUGCAAGAGAAGCCCUGUGAUUUUCCAGAAAUAAAACAUGGAAGUUUAUACAAUGAAAAGAGCUAUGGAUCAUACUUUCCAGCAGCUAUAGGACAAAAGUUUUACUAUUCCUGUGAUUCCAAUUUUGUGACUCCUUCACAAAAGCAGUGGGAAUACAUUACUUGCACACACAAAGGAUGGGAACCAGCAAUACCAUGCCGCAGACGAUGUAUUUUCAAUUAUUUGAAAAAUGGAGAUUAUCCAAGGUAUGAACAAACAUUUCUCCAAGAUGAAACUGUGAGAGUUAAAUGCAAUUCUGGUUAUGGUCUUCAAAAUGGGCAGACUAUAAUGACAUGUACAGAGAAUGGCUGGUUCCCUCCUCCAGAAUGCAUUCUUCUCGAAAGAUGUUUAAAAUCGGAUAUAACAAUUGAAAAUGGAUUUUUGUCUGAAUAUGAAUUUGCAUAUCCCUUGAAUAAAGAAACACAGUAUCAGUGUAAAUCAGGAUAUGUAACACCAGAUGGUAAAACUUCAGGAUCAAUUACAUGUCUGCAAAGUGGAUGGUCACCUCAACCCACAUGUAUUA